CGGACACCACUGUCACUCGCGCUUUGCGUCUCAGUAAUUUGUGUGACAGACCCCUAGGUUGUGACAGUUCCUCCUACACUUCUGCAAUCGAGCAAGCCUCAAAGCGACCUCAAUGAGUGGAGAAAACGACCCCGCGCAGCGGGUUGCGAUCGGGAUAUCCUUUGGGAAUUCCUACAGCUCCAUUGCCUUUACCACCGGGGAAGGAAAAGCGGAGGUCAUUGCCAAUGAGGAUGGUGACCGCCAAAUUCCAUCGAUACUGUCAUAUGUAGAAGGAGAAGAAUUGCAUGGAGGGCAGGCAAAGUCGCAGCUCGUCCGCAACGCAAAGAACACUGUCGCCUACUUCAGAGACUUCUUGGGUCAAGCAUUCAAGUCGAUAGAUCCUACCCCAUGCCACCAAUCCGCUCAUCCUGUGCAAGCAGCGUCCAACGUUGCCUUCAAGAUCAGGGACACCGCAGAGGAGGCAGAAAACACAGUCACGGUAUCGGAGAUUACCACCCGGCACCUGAAGAGAUUACGAAACUCCGCCUCGGAUUAUCUCGGGAAGGAUGUCAAUGCUGCAGUAAUCACUGUGCCAACUAACUUUUCCGACGCUCAGAAAUCUGCGCUGAACAAGGCGGCGAAGGAGGCUGGCAUUGAAGUGCUCCAAUUCAUAAGCGAGCCUGUCGCGGCAGUGCUGGCUUAUGAUGCGCGGCCGGAGGCGAAGGUGGCAGACAAGAUCAUUGUUGUGGCAGAUCUGGGAGGCACGCGGUCAGAUGUUGCUGUUAUCGCAUCACGUGGCGGUAUCUACACUGUCCUAUCAACCGUCCAUGAUUAUGAAGUCAGCGGCUUCAAGUUGGAUCAGGUGCUCAUGGACCACUUUGCUAAGGAGUUCAUCAAGAAGCACAAGGCUGGUGGCGAUCCUCGGGAGAAUGAUCGCUCGCUGGCGAAGCUCAAACUCGAGUGCGAAGCAGUAAAGAAGGCAUUGUCAAUAGGCACCUCUGCCAACUUCUCCGUAGAGAGUUUGGCCAAUGGUCUGGACUUUACCGCCACCAUCAACCGCUCGCGGUAUGAGCUGCUAGCCUCAAAGCACUUCGCCGCUUUUGCGCGCCUCGUCACUCACGCAGUUGAGAAAGCUCAGCUUGACCCCCUCGACAUCUCUGAGAUCAUCCUCGCAGGAGGCAACUCUCAUACCCCCAAAACCGCUUCCGCGAUUCAGAACGCAUUCCCAGAGACGACCACUAUACUCGCGCCGUCCACCUCUCCCACUGCUAUCAACCCCAACGAGCUCUCCGUCCGCGGCGCCGCUAUCCAGGCAAGUCUGAUCCAGGAAUUCGAGCUAGAAGACAUCGAUCAGAGCACACAUCCCAUGGUUACAGUUACGCCCCAUCUGUCCCACGCUGUUGGCGUGCUCUGCAUCUCAGGGGACGAGAGCUCAGGAAUAUUCCACGCAAUCGUCGACGCUGAAACCUCUCUCCCAGUCCGAAGAACAGCCAUAAUUGCCACUCCAAGGGAAGGUGGCAACGUCCUGAUCAAGCUCUGCGAGGGGUCAAGACACAUCAAAGUCACGAAACCCGAACCCAAGCCCAAGCAAGAAAGGGACUCGGAUGACGACGAUGACGAUUACGACAGCGAGGAUGAGGAAGAAGAGCUCCGUGAAAAGACAUGGAAAGUUGGCAAAGUCCUUUCCGAAGCCGCGCUUCGAGGCGUGAAGAAAGGCGCCAAGAUCGAAGUACAAAUUAACAUCGCCGCCGAUCUCAAAGUCAACUGCAUUUUCCGCGAAGUCGGCGGUAAGGGCGGUGUUAGGGGCUUGCUGUCCGGUCCUAAGGUGCAGCAAAAUGGUAGUGCAUAAUCGCUUGGCGACUUCGAUGGGAUGAUUGGCGCGAACAAAAAGGUUGACAUGACCGAGGACGGGAUUUUCCCGGCUUCUUUUCCGAUCCUACUUCACUUCACAUAGAUGGUUGGUCUUCGGGGGCGUGCAUGCUUGCUUACUCGCUUUUUUGGCUGUGUGACGGACAGACGGCAUAGUGCUGGUGGGCGUAGAUCUGUAGACAAGAGCAGCAGUAUUCGGAAGAUAUUUU